AUGGGUAUCGAGAGUGUCUUACAAACUGCUAGUCGUGCUGACUAUAGCUUCAAGAAUAUCCCUGUCAUUGAUGUAGAAGGAUUGGAGAGUGAGGAUCUGGUUGUUCGACAGCAGCUUGCAAGAGAUAUCCGCAAUGCUUGCAUUAAUAUCGGGUUCUUCUACGUCAAGAAUCAUGGGAUACCCGAGAAGAGCAGCUUCGGAGCUGUCAAUGCCGGGAAGAAGUUUUUCGCCCUCCCUGAAGAAAUCAAACAGAAGUACAACCUUAGGAAAUCUCCGAAUUAUACAGGAUAUACAGCGAAUUUCGACGAGAAUAAUGAUCCUGCUGGUAGGGGAGACCUCCAUGAAGCAUUCGAUGUCGGGCCCGACAAGAGUUAUUCGCACAAGCAAAGCGAGAUCCCUGCCAAUCCGUGGCCUAAUACCGAGGUUCCCGAAUUUAAAGACUGUGCAUUGAGUUUUUACAAUGCUGCAGCAGAGUUCGGGAAAAAGCUCUUUCCUAUCUUUGCACUUGCGUUAGGUGUUCCGGAGAAUUUUUUUGAUGACAAGACAAAAGAGGACGCCAUAGUUAUGCGCGUUAUUCGUUAUCCUCCGCAAACUGGGCCUCAUGAUGAUAGAGUCAUAGGAAUAGGCGCUCAUAGCGACUUUGAGGUUUUUACACUGUUGUGGCAAGAACCGGGUAUUGAAUCACUCCAAGUCAUGGAUGCCAAUAAAGAGUGGAUAAAUGCAACACCCAUUCCCGGCACACUUGUCGUUAACGUUGGAGACCAGCUCUCCAGAUGUGCAAAUGACGUAUUCAAGUCAACUGUUCACCGAGCCGUCAACCGGUCUGGAGUCGAACGGCACUCGAUGCCUGUCUUCUUUAACUUUGAUUACAAUGUCAAACUGGAGGCCAUUCCUAGUUGUGUCUCUGCUGAGCAUCCACCAAAAUAUGAAGUUAUCACUGCAGGCGAGUAUGUUAAGUCACGGAUGGAUACAAUUUACAACUACAAGUAGCAAGGGCAAAACCUUGAAUAUUUGCUUGUGUCUUGUAUAUUCGCC